AUGUCGGUGUAUGGCCCCGUGGUGAAAAUUCACCCUGUUGUUCUCGCCUCCAUCGGCGACUCUUACGAAAGGAGAAAUGAGGGAGCGAGUCGUGUGAUCGGAACCUUGCUUGGUAAUUUACUCCUAAACUUACUUUAGCUCUAAAGAGAAUUGAUUAGAAGCGCAGGGUGGCUACAUGCAUGUCUCGGCUAGCUAGCUAGCUACGGCUAACUUAGCUUGCAUCACUUUGCUGAUGCAUUGCCAGGCUCUCACAUCCUCUUGAUUCGAGAAUAUACCAAAGCUCCUCUGAUUAUAAAGAUUUGACCAAGUAUUAAAAGGUUUUUAGCUUGCCUAGACUACUGUGGAAUGUUUUUGUUGUUGAAACUUUGCUUGCUAGCCAUAGGAGUAGUUGAAUUUGUCCCCAUAACAUAGGCCCAACACGAUUAUCAUAACUUAUUGCAUUCCUUGUCUUCCUCAGGUACAAUUGACAAGCACUCUGUUGAGGUCACCAACUGUUUCUCCGUCCCCCACAAUGAGUCUGAAGAUGAGGUGAUGAGAACUGUCACUGAUGCAACUAUAUAUCUAUCUGUCCUAUCUAUAUCCUAUCUAUCUAACGUUAUCUAUCGCUGUAGAGUAGAAAUUAGGAUAGCUUGCACAUGUAGUCCUAUAAUUGACACUGGUGUCUUUGUGAUGGUGACAGGUUGCUGUGGACAUGGAGUUUGCCAAGAACAUGUAUGAGCUUCAUAAGAGGGUGUCACCCAGCGAGGUCAUCGUUGGAUGGUGAGUAGGCUUAUAUUCUUCCCUAGUCCAUUAGAUAAAGCUUUUGUCCCACACCGGUACUAACAAUUCAUUACAACUUAUUCAAUUAACUAGAAAAAAGGUACAUUUCUUAAAAGUAAAUGUGUGUGCUUGUCAGCUGUCCAAAAGCCUGUGGUGGAGUCAGAACACUGCUCUGAAGUGAAACCAUUCUUCUUCAACAGGUAUGCCACUGGCUUUGAGAUCACUGAGCACUCAGUGUUGAUCCAUGAGUAUUACAGCCGAGAGGCCACAAACCCCAUUCACAUGACCAUGGACACCGCCCUGCAGAGUGGCAAGAUGAACAUCCGUGCCUACGUCAGGUCAGUGACUUCCCCCACAACCUCUCACUUUAACCAGUCUCUCUUCUGUCUCAGUAUUUUAGUUUGUCCGUUGCAAAGCUAUUGUUGACUCCAUCCCAAGCAAAGUUCCUUCAACUCCCUGUGACUUCCUGAUCUCAUAUUUCUUUUUUGUUUGUUUGCAUUUGCUGUUUCAUUACUUUGCUUUUUAAGCACUUUGGCAUUCCUUAUGAUGGGUUAAAUAAAUUAGUAUUGUUUUUUCCAUUGCUUUGUUUGCCCUGACAGUGCCCAGAUGGGUGUGCCGGGAAAGACUGUCGGUGUGAUGUUCACCCCCCUGAGUGUGAAAUACAAGUAUUACGACACAGAGAGGAUAGGUGGUAAGAACCUUCAUUAUUUUCUUGCCUUGUUUUCUGUCCGUUUAACAAUUCGCUAUGUCCCCUUUGUGCCUUGCUUGGACAUUGUAUUAUUUGUUACGCCAUGUCCCACGGGGGGCCAGUAUGAUUUUUUAAAAUUUUUAUAAAUGUAUGAACUCACUAACUGUAAGUAGCGUCUGCUAAAUUACUAAAAUGUAAACAUGUAUUUUUGUUGGGGGGGGAGCCUUAAUAAAAAAUGAUAAAAUAAUUAUUGUAUUCUAGUUGACCUUCUCCAGAGAACGAGAGAUGCUCCUAACACCACCAAUGGGCUGACCUCUGACCUCUGCCAGGUGGGCGGGGCAGCAGGCCGCGUUCAGGACAUGCUGGCCACUGUACUGACCUACAUUGAGGAUGUGUUGGUGAGUAGCCUGCACACACAGAGCCUAUAUAUGGCUGCGUCCCAAAUAGCAUCCUAUUCCAUUACAGAGUCGUCCGUUAUGUCAACCAUUUUACCGUAUGCAGCUCAUCUGAAAAUAGUUGAUUUUAGUUGAGUUACGACUUCAUUCGUGUUUAUGCGUCUCUGUGGCCAUAACUUAAGCCUUUCUUUCUGUAUGUUUCUCAGUCUGGUAAGCAGACGGCAGAUAACAGUGUUGGACGGUACCUGAUGGAUCUGGUCAACAAG